GGAGGGCGGGCUGGAUGAAGGACUAGGCGAGCACCGAGGGCGUGAACCCGGAAGUGGCGCGGCCGCCAGUAACAUGAUCUCUAGACUGGGACAGCGGGGUUCCUGCCGGCUGUAUUCAGGCCUUGGACUGGACUGAGGAGCCACGGUGGAGACCAUCCAUGGAAAAGAACCCCCCUGAUGAUAGGGGCCCCGUGCACGUGCCUUUGGGGCAUAUUGUGGCCAAUGAGAAAUGGCGCGGGUCACAGCUGGCACAGGAGAUGCAAGGGAAAAUUAAGCUCAUUUUCGAGGAUGGCUUGACACCAGACUUUUAUCUGUCGAACAGAUGCUGCAUUCUUUAUGUCACCGAAGCUGAUUUGGUGGCAGGAAAUGGCUACAGAAAGAGACUUGUUCGGGUUAGAAAUUCCAAUAAUCUUAAAGGAAUUGUAGUCGUUGAAAAAACCCGGAUGAGUGAACAAUACUUCCCAGCCCUACAGAAGUUUACUGUGCUGGACCUUGGAAUGGUGCUGCUUCCAGUGGCCAGCCAGAUGGAAGCAUCCUGCCUCGUCAUCCAGUUGGUUCAAGAGCAAACCAAAGAGCCCAGUAAGAACCCUCUUCUCGGGAAGAAACGGGCCCUGCUGCUGUCUGAGCCUUCGCUCCUUCGAACCGUGCAGCAGAUCCCAGGAGUUGGAAAAGUUAAAGCUCCCCUUCUCCUCCAGAAGUUUCCAAGCAUCCAGCAACUGAGUAAUGCUUCCAUUGGGGAACUGGAGCAGGUGGUCGGACAAGCAGUGGCACAGCAGAUCCAUGCCUUCUUCACACAGCCCAGGUGAGGGCUGGCCUCAGGGCCACGGCAUCUUCUCCCGAGAUCACAGACACCAGGAUCUUGUUUUCAGCUUUAAAAGCCAAGAGAAUGGGCCGGGCGCAGUGGCUCACGCCUGUAAUCUCAGCACUUUGGGAGGCCGAAGACAGCGGAUCAUCUGAAGUCAGGAGCUCAAGACCAGCCUGGCCAACAUGGAGAAACCCCGUCUCUACUAAAAAUAGGAACAAUUAGCCAGGCGUGGUGACAGGUGCCUGUAAUCCCAGCUACUUGGGAGGCCGAAGCAUGAGAAUCACUUGAACCCGGGAGGCCGAGGUUGCAGUGAGCCGAGAUCGUGCCACUUCACUCCAGCAUGGGCGUCUGAGGGAGACCCUGUCUCUAAAAAAAAAAAAAAAAAAAGCCCUGGCGCAGUGGUUCACGCCUGUAAUUCCAGCACUAUGGGAGGCCGAGGCGAGCGGAUCACAAGGUCAGGAGAAGAUUGAGACCAACCUGGCAAACACAGUGAAACCCCGUCUCUACUUAAAAUACAAAAAAUUAGCCGGGCAUGGUGGCGGGCGCCUGUAGUCCCAGCUACUGCUGAGGCUGAGGCAGGAGAACGGCGUGAACCCGGGAGGCGGAGCUUGCAGUGAGCCCUGAGGCUGAGGCAGGAGAAUGGCGUGAACCCGGGAGGAGGAGCUUGCAGUGAGCCAAGAUCGUGAGCACUCCAGCCUGGGUGACAGAGCGAGACUCAGUCUCAAAGAAAACAACAACAACAAAAAAACAUGAAAAAGGAUUUCCUCUAGCAGCAACUAGUGAAAGAUGAGGCGAGGCCUGAAUGGAGCCUGUGGGUCGUCCUGCCUUAGCAUCUGAGUUCAGCUUGUGAAGUUAGUGGGCCGCAGAGGGCACUGCCUUCAUUCUGCUUAAGAUGAAAAGAGCUGGUGGGGUCUUCGCAAGAGUCAGGAACUCACACUCAGCAAAAAGCCAGUUAGGGCCGAUUUUAAUGUGCGACCUUGACCUGCAUCUGUCAUGGAAAGUGCCUUCUAAAAAGCUUCAGUAGUGGAUGUGACCAUCUGAAGGAAACAAGUGUACAAGGAAGCACUGCGUAUCCUAAGCCCUGUGUUCCUGGAGUUUGACCUGCUGUUCAUCAGGUCUGGCCUUCAUAUACCUGUACUGCGAGGGCUGCUUCCAAUGUAAAUAAAUAACUGCGCAACGG